AUGUCUAAGAGAUAUCAUUUACUCUUUGUUCCAAACUGCUGCACACGUAGGUGGAUGAUGGAACUUUCAAAAGGCAUUCCGUUUGUAAAUAAUCUUGACACGAAAUUUAAUCAGAAAUGGUCAUUUAUCAAACGACUGGGCUUAUCUAUCAAGCACAGCUUGACGGCCCCCCUCACCACACAUCACAGACACAAGCUGCCCUAG